AUGAUUACUUUACGGCGCCUACCAAUUCUUCUUGGUUCCACGCUGCUUUUGCUCUCUUCUACACAAGCUGCUCCUGCCCACGAGUCCCCUAUCCAAGAACGUGACGAUGGGCCCAACGCUCUGUGGACAUGGUUAAAGUUUGAGGGCUGCUCCACUGACCAGCAGACGGCAAUCAAAGCGGCCCACGAAGAUGCAGUCACAAUGGCUGAACAAGUCAAGACUAUUGAUUUUGGCAAUGACCCCGGUGCUCUUGACUAUCUGGGACCUAGUGCGCUGAACAAGGACUGGCAGAGCAACAUCCAGUCCGUGUUCGAGCACAUUUCAACUUUCCGACUCAGUGGCGUUUGGCCAGGCUACCAGAUGAAUGCUCGUUGCGGCUCAGCAAAUGAUAUCAAAUAUCAGAAUCGAUGUAGAAAGCAAGGCGUUAUUGCCUACCAGUGGAAUACCAAGAAAGAUGCCACUGAUCCCAACACCGCACCUAGCUAUGAUCAGGCGGAUGCUGUUUCCAACAUGCAUUUCUGUGAUCAGUUCUUCUACUACAAGAAACUCGACGAGGCUGUUGAUGCUGUGAAGAACAACGACGACUUCAAGUGGAGAUACGACCUGACAAAGUACAAGAAUCAAGCAUACAUUAUUCUGCACGAAUUCAUGCAUGCUACAGUCAUGACAUACUCGCAAAACAAAAAUCGCCGAAUCAAGGAUUUGAGUAUGUAUGUCUACGAGUACCAGCGGCACGACUACGAUCGUGGAUAUGACCGGAAGAAAGUCAAGUGGGAUGUUUAUCAGCCACUGCCUUGCAAAAUCCUGGCUCGGACUGCAAGACAGUAUAUUGCUCAAGAUGGUAUCACCAUGAAUGCCAAAUACGUACAGUCUAAGCUGGAUGGGAAUCAGUACCCCUGGCUCCCUCUUGCCGACCGCGAAGCAAUCGAAUGGCAGCCAAAGACCAGCGCUAUGUUCUUGACCCAAGGCAAUGGAACAUUCGGUAUCAAUGGAGGCGAACUUUCAGCAGAUGAUUUUACCACCAACGCAGACGGAAGCUAUGUGGCAAACGAUCUCGAUGAUAGCGACAUUAUCACACUCUCCGACGAAGCUGAUACCGACACCCUCGCACCGGAAACUGACUACCCUGAUACAUUUAUAAACCAGAUGCGAGAGUUCAGCUCUUAUGUCAAUACCCCCGACCCUACGUGUGCCAGUUCAAGGAGUGGUACCCCCUCAGGUCGGUCGGCAUUCAGUGUUUCGGAGGCCGAUGCGAAGAUCAAAGAUUUCUGCAGUGAUACAAAUCUUUACAACCACGUCUUCACUCCUCCAAUCGAUCAAGGCUGUGGAACCACAAAGGACGGGAAGGGCAAGUCUCUCGGUGCGAGUGGUAGCUAUAGCAUCAACGGUGGCAAGGACAACCUGUGGAUUGGCGCCUACUUUGCCUCUGGUGGCUGUACGGGAAUGACCACUUGGCCGCCCCAGGGAGAGGGUCUUCGUGCCACUGAUCUCUGCAUGGACCGGCUGCGUACCAUUAUGAACGGGUGUGAUACCUCGACAACGGAUCAGAAAUAUGGCGGAAGUCUCCAGGAAGUUUGCCUGGUCUACCAGAUCAUGGCGGUCGGCAGCAGCGAGGCUGACCCUACCGGUGUCGGAUCUGGCGGCGAUCAUGGUGACGUGAAGUGCAAAGAUACUGACACUUCAAUCCUUGGAGACAGUUUCAAGAACACCUGCACUUGUUGGUUUGAAAAACUCCCCGACCAAACGGAUAUCUUCGGUAUGCCCAAAUCGGGUGGAUGUGGCUCGAUCAACUUCGUGCCGGCUUGGAGCUACUCUGAAGAUCCCAGCUAUCAGCCAGCGGAUAUUAAGCCUGUUGCCACAAUCACUGCAUCUCCAUAA